AUGGAGAUCGAGCUCAAUCACUUGAUCGCCGAUCUUCAAUCUCUCAAUCAAUCCCUUCCAGAUCCAUCUCUCCGUGAUGCGUUCCACAAGAUUCAAUCGCGUGUUGAGCAUAUUGCUGAUCUUGUUAGGGCGGAACCUGUUCGGCGUUCUAAAGUUAAGGAUAUGAGUGCUGAGGUUGUUGACAGCAAUCCAUACAGUCGGCUUAUGGCGCUUCAGAGAAUGGGAAUUGUGGAGAAUUAUGAACGGAUAAGGAAUUUCUCCAUUGCCAUAGUUGGAGUAGGUGGUGUAGGAAGUGUAGCUGCUGAGAUGCUGACAAGAUGUGGCAUAGGUCGACUUUUGUUGUAUGAUUAUGACAAAGUGGAACUUGCAAACAUGAAUAGGCUCUUCUUUCGUCCUGAUCAAGCUGGUAUGACAAAGACAGAUGCAGCUGUACAAACACUUUCAGAUAUAAACCCUGAUGUUGUGCUUGAGAGCUAUACACUGAAUAUCACGACAGUUGAUGGUUUUGAAACCUUUAUGUCUUCUUUGAAAAAUAAGUCAUUUUCUCCUGAUAAACAAGGUAACGGCGUGGAUCUUGUCUUAAGCUGUGUAGAUAAUUAUGAAGCAAGAAUGGCUGUUAACCAGGCUUGUAAUGAACUGAGCCAGACAUGGUUGGAGUCGGGUGUUUCUGAGGAUGCUGUUUCUGGUCAUAUUCAGUUGCUUAUUCCUGGCGAAACUGCCUGUUUUGCUUGCGCUCCUCCUCUUGUUGUAGCAUCUGGGAUUGAUGAGCGUACACUCAAGCGUGAAGGGGUUUGUGCUGCAUCUUUACCAACCACCAUGGGGGUUAUUGCUGGGCUUCUUGUCCAGAACACACUAAAAUUCUUGUUAGGUUUUGGCCAAGUCUCUCCUUAUUUGGGAUAUAACUCUCUUAAGGAUUUUUUCCCAACUAUGCAAAUGAAGCCAAACCCUCAAUGUUCAAAUGCAGCUUGCUUAAAACGACAGGGAGAGUACAUUCUUGCAAAGCCGGCAAGAGAUGCUGCAGCAAAAGCAAAAUUAGAGGCCGAAGGACCCUCAAUUGAAGAAGGUCCAAUGCACGAUGAUAACGAAUGGAAUAUAAGUGUGGUUGAUGAUUGUGAGCCAGAUGGUACCAAUACCAAAAGUUCAGAUGCCCUUCCUGAAGGUCUCACUCAUGAACUCCCAACUGCGGACGAAUUUCAGAACCCAGUUACUCCUGAAGCUCCAAUCAAUGACAAUGAUGACCUUGAUGAACUAAGAAGGCAACUUGAAGCCAUUAAUUCUGUGUAG